AUGUCUUUACGUUUACACGCACUGCCCACCCUGCCUGGAGUUGUCAGACGGGGCUGCAAGGAACUGCUGUGUUUGUUGGUUAUCACGGUGACUGUGAGCCGAGGCGCCUCCGGGGUGUGCCCCACCGCUUGCAUCUGUGCCACUGACAUCGUCAGCUGCACCAACAAAAAUCUGUCCAGGGUGCCUGGGAACCUUUUCAGGCUGAUCAAGAGACUGGAUCUGAGUUACAACAGAAUUGGGCUUCUGGAUUCUGAGUGGAUUCCAGUAUCCUUGGUAAAGCUGAACACCCUCAUUAUUCGGCACAACAACAUCACGAGCAUUUCCUCGGACAGUUUUUCCACCACUCCAAAUCUGAAGUGUCUUGACUUGUCAUCCAACAAGCUGAAGACUGUGAAAAGUGCAGUGUUCCAAGAGCUGAAGGUUCUGGAAGUGCUCCUGCUUUACAACAAUCACAUUUCCUAUCUGGAUCCUUCAGCGUUUGGAGGGCUCUCCCAACUGCAAAAACUGUACUUAAGUGGAAACUUUCUCACGCAGUUUCCCAUGGAUUUGUAUGUUGGAAGGUUCAAGCUGGCAGAACUGAUGUUUCUAGAUGUUUCUUAUAACCGGAUCUCCUCUCUGCCAAUGCAUCAUAUAAAUUUAGUGCCAGGAAAGCAACUGAGAGGUAUCUUCCUUCAUGGAAACCCCUUUGUCUGUGACUGUUCCCUCUACUCCUUGCUGAUUUUUUGGUACCGUAGGCACUUCAGCUCAGUGAUGGAUUUUAAGAAUGAUUAUACCUGUCGCCUGUGGUCUGACACUAGGCACUUCCAUCAGGUGCUUCUGCUCCAGGGUAGCUUCCUGAACUGCUCUGACAGUAUCAUCAAUGGUUCCUUCCGUGCCCUUGGCUUUAUUCACGAGGCUCAGGUCGGGGAAAGGCUGAUGGUCCACUGUGACGGCAAGACUGGUAGGGCAAAUACCGAUUUCAUGUGGGUCGGUCCAGAUAACAGAGUGCUGGGGCCCGACAAAGAGAUGGAAAACUUCCAUGUGUUUCCCAAUGGAAGCCUGGUUAUAGAAAGUCCUCGUUUUGAGGAUGCUGGAGUGUAUUCCUGUGUUGCAAUGAAUCGCCAGCGUCUGUUAAAUGAAACUGUGGAUGUCACAAUAAACGUGAGCAAUUUCACCAUAAACAAAUCCCACGCGCACGAGGCAUUUAACACAGCUUUUACCACGCUUGCAGCCUGCGUAGCCAGCAUUGUUUUGGUCCUUCUAUACCUCUAUCUGACACCGUGUCCCUGCAAGUGUAAACCCAAGAGACGUAAAAAUAUGUUAAGCCAAAGCAAUGUCCACGCAUCUAUUCUCACUCCCUGCCCUGAUAGCGAGGCCGCCACUGAUGAACGGAAGGCAGGGGCCGGGAAAAGAGUAGUGUUUCUGGAACCCUUGAAGGAUACCGCAGCAGGGCAGAAUGGGAAGGUCAGGCUCUUUCCCAGUGAAACAGUCAUAGCUGAGGGCAUCUUAAAGUCCACGAGGGUGAAAUCCGACUCAGAUUCGGUCAAUUCAGUGUUUUCAGACACACCCUUUGUGGCGUCCACUUAA